UCUUGCACAUGAAAACAAACCCACUCAUGCUGAGGAAAUUGGUAAAGCCUUGGGGGAGAGAGGAAGAGAGAGAGGAAGAGGGAUAGAAAGACAGAUAUAUAGGCCUGAAGCAGGGGAACUCCCUCCUUGGUCUUUUUCAUGCGGCGGAGGACAGACAAAAGAGUGCACCCGGUAGGCUUUCAGCACAGCCGGCCAGUGAAGCCAAAGCUCUCUCGGCCGUGAUUUCAGUUCCAGCAGGAUCAAGACUUUAGUCAGUUUCGCAGUCCAUCGUUUACAGUGCAACGUGCCAUCGAUGGGCUUAGUGAAGAAAAGGCAUUAAAAUCAAGAGAGGCAUUUUAGCAGGGGAAGAAAGCUUCAGCCUUACAAAGACACAAACUGAAGGACAAUAAAACAAACGCAGUCCAAGGUAACAAUGCAAGCAGGAGGAUAUCAACGGAGCAACGUCAUUCUGUUUAUAUUGGCUUUGCCAGUAAUGUUGGAGGUCUGCAGGGUCCAGGGCUGUCAGACUGGCUCUGGAUCCGAGUGUGAAAAAGCUCCUUUUGUCCCGGGCCACAACCUGGCAGGAGAGGGUUUUGAUGUGGUGCGGAUGCGUCGAACAGGGGCAUAUGUCAUCAAUGUCAAAGCUCAUCUGGCUGACAACCACACCUGCACACUGUGUCCAAACCGCUUCCAAGAAGGACAGAUUCAAAGGCUCCCAACAGCAGUUCUUGACUGGCGUCCCUUCAGCCGCUGCAGUAAGCAGCUUUCUAGUGCCCUCCAUCACUCUGUGGACUCCCUGCUGCGCAGCUCCAACUCCCUGGUAAACAACAACUGGGGUCUGGGUUUGAGCCUCGAUAAUAUUGGCAAGGCAGUGCUGGGAGGAAGCCGCUCAGACUUGGCAAAGUUUGCGCGUUCGCAGCACAGUGUGGACAAAGCCACUUUUGCCAUCCAUGAAAUCAGUUGCACCUACUACAGCUACAGGCUGGCUGAUCAUCCCCAGCUGAGUGCAGAGUUCACAAAGCAUCUGAAGAGACUCCCGCAGAGUUUAAACACAAGCCAGAGCAGAGCCCUGUACAGACGGCUGAUAGACACCUAUGGAACACACUACAUACACCAGGUCCAGCUUGGUGGUAAGGUGAGGCGAAUCACUGCCUUCAGGACCUGCCUGGCCACACUAAAGGGUUACUCUGAGUCCGAGAUCAAAAACUGCUUGAACACUGAGCUCCGAAUGGCUCUAGGUUUCCUCCCUGUUAAUGCCUCAUUCUCCAACAAGUGUGACAACAUCCUGAAGGGCAAUAUGAGCAUGGGCUUCUACCAAGGCUUCAUGACCCAUAAGAUCGAGGUUAUCGGAGGAGAGAGGUACUUCCCCGACAUCCUCUACCAGCAGGACCCGUCUGAAGCGUACCACAGCUGGAUGAACAGCCUCCAUGACAACCCGGAUGUGGUUUCUUACGCCAUCUUCCCUCUGCAUCAUUUGGUGGAGGACUCACAGAUCAGUGCUAAUCUGAGAAGCACUGUCACUGAGUACAUUAAAGAGAACCAGCUGCAGAACGAGCAGUCUGCUUUCAAGAACUGCUCCCCGACUCCGAACCUGGACCAUAACUGCUGUCCUUUAAGGGCUGGCAGAGGAACUCUCAGACUGGAGAUCCACCGAGCCGCAGGGCUGAGGGCAGACACCUUCACAAAAACAGAUGCCUACGUGAAGAUCUUCUACAACGGUAUGUACGAGGAGACUGAGACAGUAAUGGACAACAAUGACCCGGUGUGGAAUGCCACUUACGACUUUGGUUCGGUUGAACUGGGUCAGGAGUUGAGGUUUGAAGUCUGGGACAGGGAUGUGUUCUAUAAUGACAGAGCCGGGAUAUGUGUUGUCUUCCCUGAACGAGGAAUUCACUCUCUGAGCUGUCAGCUCAGCAAAGGAGUUCUCUACUUCACAUACACCAUAAAAUGUGAUGCUCACUUGACAGGCUUCAGGUGUGGACGGUACUCACCCAAUGCUGAGUAGAGUAGGUUUUAAUAUAUAUCUGGGUAUUUUCUUGAUAAAUAAUAUUAAACUUUUAAGUGUCACAAUUUCUAGCAAGAACUAGUCAACUGUCAUUUCAAUUGCAUUUUAACUGGAAAUGUUUGAAUGCCAAAAAAAAUGUUCCCUCUUUUGUCACAUAUCAUUUCAUAACUUCAACUUUUUAAAAUCAUAGGAUUCCAACCUUUUAAGAGGAAAAAUAAUAGUAGUUCUCAGUUGUCUUUUAUGUUAAUGUCUUGUAAUGUCUCAGUAUUAAAUAACCAAACCCAAUGUUCUUGUGCAUCCCCUGUAAAUACCAAA